AUGAAAAUAUUGCUGGGUCUGGCUUCGUAUAAUUUCGACCAAUUUUUAUUUGAGGUUAAUCGUUUUUUAGCUAAACCCGGCUAUGGACCCGGUGAACAAGAUUGGGGUUUUCUUGAUGUACUCCCAGGAGGACAUAUGUUCUAUUGGCUGUAUUAUACAACAGCAGAUGUUGCCAACUAUACCGAACGUCCCUUGGCGCUGUGGCUACAAGGUGGUCCCGGUGUUUCAUCCACGGGACGUGGUAAUUUCGAAUUUUUUGGCCCCUUAGAUGUGCAUGGCAAUGAACGUAAUUGGACCUGGGUAAAAUAUGUGAAUGUAUUAUUUAUUGAUAAUCCAUUGGGUAGUGGUUUUUCCUAUAUGGAAAAUAUUACAUUACUACCAUCAACAAAUUAUGAAAUUGCCCAAGAUUUGGUAGAAUUUAUGAAAUUAUUCUAUGAACGACAUCGGGAAUUUGAAGAUGUCCCAUUGCAUAUUUUCUCACAAAGUUAUGGUGCUAAAAUGGCAGCGGAAUUCGCUCUGCAACUUUAUGAAGCUGUACAGCGUGAGGAGCUGAGAAGUAAUUUGAAAUCUGUGGCCCUGGGAAGUCCAUUGAUAUCACCGAUGGAUUCGUUUAAUGCAUGGGCGCCGCUGAUGUUGAAUAUGGCCAUUAUUGACAAAGAUGGCUAUAACAGAAUAAUGGAAGCAGUUGAGAAAAUUUCAAAAUAUAUCGAAAAUAAUAGAUGGAAAUUGGCCUUUUUGCAAUGGUGGAAGACAUAUCACAUAGCGAUAAAUGCUAGUGAUAAUAUAGAUUUCUAUAAUGUGUUGAAAUAUCGACAAGAGGAUGAUAUAUAUUUAAAAAAUCUAACCUUGCAUACUCUAAUGAAUGGACCAGUUAAGAAAGCGCUUGGCAUAGAAGAACACAUUAAAUGGGGAUCACAGGGAUUCGAUAUUUUCCUUAAACUUGCAAGCGAUUUUCUGAAGCCCGUUAUAGAUAUUGUUAGUGAACUUCUUAGUAAUACUGAUGUGAAGGUGUCGGUUAUUUCCGGGCAACUGGAUUUGACUUGCCCCACUGUCGGAACUGUGAAUUGGAUCGAGAAAUUGGAAUGGAAUUAUCGUGAGGAAUACGUUAAUGCACCGCGUAAUUACAUUCACAUUGACAAAAAUAUCGAAGGUUAUGAGAAAAGUGGUGGUAAUUUUACCAUGUAUUUGGUAAAUCGUGCCGGUCACAUGAUACCCGCCGAUAAUCCCAUCGCUAUGAGUUAUAUUGUUAAACAAAUAACUAAUUAUGGAUAA